CUCUCUCUCUCUCUCUCUCUCUCUCUCUCUCUCAACACUCCAUCAAAUCACAUCAUCAAUUGAUCAAGGUUAUGAAAAUUUGAAUUUCAGAAAUUCUCUCUUAAGUUUUCGCAAACAAUUUUCGAUCUUCGUGUGCGUGUGGGCGUGGAGAUCAGUACCACGAGGUUCCACACCGCGGAAUCCGAGUUUAAACCCGGAGUCCACCAUGGAAGAUGAAUAGAAUAAUCCCCACGCCGGCCGCUAAAUUCCGCCCCCUCUACACCGACCCUAACUCCGCCGACGUCUCCACCUCCGCCGUGCCCGACGAACAGAACCCGCUCACAAUCCUAUGGAACCACCAAAUCCUCGACCCCGACAGCGAUAUCGUAGCGCAUUGGAACCACAUCUUCCUCGUCAUAUGCAUUCUGGCCCUCUUCGUCGACCCUCUCUAUUUCUACCUGCCUUGGGUCGGCGACACAGCUUGCUUGACCACCGACAACCAGCUCGCCGUCGUCGUCACCUGCUUCCGCACGCUCACCGACCUCUUCUACCUCCUCCACAUGAUCAUCAAGUUCCGCACCGCCUAUGUCAAUCCCAGCACUAGGGUUUUCGGCCGCGGUGACCUCGUCAUGGACCCCCACCUGAUUGCCAUCCGCUACUUGAAGUCCGACUUCAUUGUCGAUCUUGCCGCCACCCUUCCGGUCCCCCAGCUUGUAAUCUGGUUGGUGAUUCCAGCAACGAGGAAUUCGAGAGCUGAUCAUGCCAACAACACUCUGGCACUGUUCGUUUUGAUUCAGUACAUUCCUCGGAUCUUCCUCAUCUUCCCGUUGAAUCAACGUAUCAUAAAGACAACCGGUGUUGUAGCAAAGACUGCGUGGGCAGGAGCUGCAUACAAUCUCCUCCUCUUUGUUCUAGCCGGCCAUAUAGUUGGAUCUGUCUGGUAUAUAUCUUCCAUAGGGCGGCAGUUCUCUUGCUGGAAAUCCUAUUGUAAAGAGGAGAACUCGAAAAGGAUUGUUUCUUGCCUCACAAGUUUUCUGGAUUGUAGUAGUACAGAACUACCAGAACGGAAGUACUGGGUCAACGUCACCGAAGUCGUUAAAAGUUGUGAUGCAAAUAAUGAGAAAGCCAAAUUUAAGUUCGGAAUUUUUGGGGAUGCUUUCAAGAGUGAUGUUGCUACUACAAAGGACUUCUAUCCAAAGUAUCUGUAUUGUUUGUGGUGGGGUUUAAGAAACUUAAGUUCAUAUGGGCAGACUCUGAAGACGAGCACGUACUUUUGGGAGAUAAUGUUUUCCAUUACACUAUGUCUCACUGGUCUAAUUCUGUUCUCAUUAUUGAUUGGCAACAUGCAGACUUAUCUGCAAUCAAUGUCGAUAAAAUUCGAAGAAUGGAGGAUUAAGCUAAAAGAUACUGAGGAGUGGAUGAGGCAUCGGCAGUUACCUGAGGAUUUGCGCGAACGUGUUCGUAGAUUUAUGCAGUACAAAUGGUUUGCCACACGAGGAGUUGAUGAAGAAUCCAUAUUGCGGUCAUUACCUUUAGACCUCUGCCAUGAAAUCCAGCGGCACUUAUGCCUUUCGCUUGUUCGUCGUGUUCCUUUUUUUUCACAAAUGGAUGAUCAGCUUCUCGAUGCCAUAUGCGAACGUCUUGUCUCAUCCUUGAGUAUCCAAGGCACGCAUAUAGUUCAAGAGGGUGAUCCAGUAAAUGAGAUGCUGUUUAUCAUUCGAGGGAAACUCGAGAGCUCCACAACCAAUGGAGGGAGGUCCGGGUUCUUUAACUCCAUCGCUCUUGGACCUGGGGACUUCUGCGGCGAGGAACUGCUGACAUGGGCCUUGAUGCCAAGCUCUAGUCUCAACUUGCCUUCAUCCACGCGGACAGUUAGAGCUCUUACCGAAGUUGAAGCUUUUGCACUUCGAGCGGAGGACCUUAAAUUUGUUGCUGGGCAAUUCAAACGCCUUCACAGCAAGAAACUACAGCAUGCCUUUAGGUACUAUUCCCACCAAUGGAGGACAUGGGGUGCUUGCUUUAUCCAAGCCGCUUGGAGAAGGUUUAAGAAGCGAAAGAUGACUAGGGACUUGGCUAUGCAGGAGAGCUUCUACUAUAUGCAAAAUCCAGGCCAAGAGGAAGACGGUUACUACUACUAUGACGAAGAACAAGCAGGUGGAAAUUAUGAGGGUGAUGCGAGUGGUGAGAGAUCAGGAGAGACUGCAAGCAAUUCAGGCCAAGGCCAACAUCUUGGGGUCACAUUUCUCGCUUCCAAGUUUGCUGCAAAUACAAAACGCGGAAUUGCACAGAAAGCGCAGGUGGUUGAAGCUGCUUCUCCCAGUUUGGACAUGCCUCGGUUGUUAAAGCCAGAUGAACCUGAUUUCUCUGCAGAUUGAGACAAUAUACGAAAAUGAAUGAUCAGGGAACAGGAAAACGAUCUAACGAAAGAAUAGUUAGGAACAAAAAUUUGUUACAAUGACGUAAAUUUAUACUGCAGUUAGAUUAGCAAUGACCAUCAGUUUUCUAGUUCUAUAAUGUUAAAUUAUUCGCUCUUAUAUAUCGGUAUAAUGACCUGUAAUAGAUUAAAUGUA